UCUUCCGGCGUGUUUUCCGGUUAGCUGGCGCAUCUGCAGCAUCAGAAGCCGCAGACGGGACUCGCCAUGAAUAACACGUUCAUUUUUGCCUGAAUUUGAUUCUCUCCGCUUAAAUCAAACCGCAUCCGUUCACCGUUCACCGGCAGGCCUCUGACAGCAGCGCGCGGAUGAAACCUUUCACGCGCCUGUGCGGUUUUAGCAAGAAUGCUAGUGUUAGCGCUUAGCUGCCUGUGUGUUGAUUAUAAAUAAUUAUUUUUUCACCAAAUAAGUGACUAAUAUAUGUGAGUAUGGGCGUUUAGCGUAUAAAAACAGCCGUUAGUCUGAUUAAUAUCCGCAUGUCAUCUGUUUUUCUGUGAAAAGUGGGUGAUUUAUCAGAGGUUUAAAUGAACUGCACAGCUGGCUGAUGAUGGAUGCUUUGACUUUCCUCCAUCUCAACAAUCAUUUCUGUUUACUUCACGUUUGAAGACUAAAUUUACUGCUGGACUUGAAUGUUUACAUUUGAUUUGAGCUGGAUUUUCAUGUUAAUAUCGUGAUAAGGACAUGCGUGCUUUUAUAUAAACACUAGACACCUGAAUAAACCAUAUCAGGCCAGUUGAGUAACAGUUAUAUGCUGUUUAUGUAGAUGUUUGGUGAUGUUUUAAUUGAUAUGAAUAUUUAUUGAUAUUGUUUCCUGGAUAAACGGUUCAUAAUAGCUGUCAUAGCACAAUCUUUGGGCUGUCAGUCCAUGUUUGACAGUCACAGCUGAUCAAAACCUCUGGCACCAGAAAAACCCACUACAGCUUUUCAUUGAUUUAUUUGAUCUGAGAGUCAGAUAAACAGUAAGUGAGAUCUGAGAUACAUCAUGAAGAAGUUCUUUGACUCCCGGAGGGAGCUGGUGGGCUCUGGACCCGGUUCUGGAGGGGGAGUUGGAGGUUCUGGAUCCAUCAGUGGUGUCGGUGGGAAUUUCAUCGGACGUGCGUUCACUGUAGGAAGACACCAGGUCACCGUAGAAGAAACUCUGGCAGAAGGCGGUUUUGCAAUCGUGUUCCUGGUGCGGACUAAUCAGGGGGUGCGCUGCGCCCUUAAAAGGAUGUAUGUCAACAACGAAUAUGACUUGCAGGUUUGCAAGCGUGAGAUCCAGAUCAUGCGGGAUCUCUCUGGUCAUAAGAACAUUGUUGGUUUCCUGGACUCCAGCAUCACGGCUGUAGGGGGUGGAGACGUAUGGGAGGUGUUUAUUCUCAUGGACUUCUGCAGAGGUGGUCAAGUGGUGAACCUGAUGAAUCAGCAUUUACAGACGGGCUUCAGCGAACAGGAAGUACUUCAGAUUUUCUGUGACACGUGUGAGGCUGUUGCACGUCUGCACCAGUACAAAACUCCCAUAAUCCACCGAGACCUCAAGGUGGAGAACAUCCUCUUACAUGAUCGAGGACACUAUGUUCUGUGUGAUUUUGGCAGCGCCACUAUGAAGUUCCAAAACCCACAGAGUGAAGGAGUCACAGUGGUGGAGGAUGAAAUUAAAAAGUAUACCACCCUGUCCUAUCGUGCUCCAGAAAUGGUGAACCUAUACAAUGGAAAAAUCAUCACCACCAAAGCUGAUGUCUGGGCCCUGGGCUGUCUGCUCUAUAAACUCUGUUUCUUCACAUUGCCCUUCGGUGAGAGUCAGGUGGCCAUCUGUGAUGGCAGUUUCACCAUUCCAGACAAUUCCCGCUACUCCCAGGAUAUGCACCGUCUUAUUCGGUACAUGCUGGAACCGGACCCUGAUAAGAGGCCUGACAUUUAUCAGGUGUCCUACUUUGCUUUCAAACUGGCCCGGCGGGACUGCCCUGUCCAAAACGUCAAGAAUUCUCCCAUUCCUGCUAAACUUCCUGAGCCAAUUCGAGCGAGUGAAGCAGCCGCAAAGAAGAGCCAAACACAGACCAAGGCGAGACUCACAGACCCCAUUCCUACCACUGAAACUUCCAUCACUCCACGGCAACGGCCCAAAGCAGCACAAUCCCAGCCUCAGGCACUAGGGAGCAUCCUGCCCAUCCAGCCUGCUGCCCUCACCCCACGCAAGAGAGCCAACUUGCCAGCUGGGGUAGCCCAGCCUAUAGCUGUCAGUUUGAAUUUGGCUCAGCCAGCUGCAACUCUUCAGUCUCAGAAAGCCCAGGUGUCUCCAGCUCCUCAGCAGAAAACGCCUGUGCAGCCAAUCCCAGUCCCAGAUGCGGCUGCAGGAGGAGGAGCCGUUCCAGCUGCAGCUACUAGCCCCACCCCUCAGAAAGCUGUAGCAACCCCGCCCCCAUCUAGCCCUGCUCCGCCCACCGCACCCGCACGGAGCGCCCGUCGUAAGCAGGCAUCAGUGGCCCCUCAGCAACAGCCAGUGUCUGGUCAGUCGGCUGGUGCCCUGCCUCCAGCACUGGUGGAGCCUGCAGCGGUACCCCCCACUGUCCAGCAGCCCGCCCUUCAAUCUCAGCUCUGCCAAGAGAAGGCGGAGGAGAGGUCUGCAGCCCCUGGCCUGUCCCAGACUCCUCCCUCUUCCCCAAAGAUGGCCCAGAAGGCGGGGCAUAGACGCAUCCAGAGUGAUGUCACCCAAAGUGCUAUUUUCGGAGUGCCGGUCAGUCAGUCCACUCAGCAGCUGCUGGCAGCCACAGCAGAGGCCAGCCUUAACAAGUCCAAGUCAGCUAGUACCACCCCAUCAAACUCCCCACAGUCCUCUCAACAGAGUGUGUACCAGCCUGCCCAGCAGGGUGGCUCUGCCCCCCAGGCACCUGCUUUAGCUGCUGGCCUGGCCAGCCCACCAGACCAACCCCCCUGGAAUCCCUUUGGCGACGAUAAUUUCUCCAAACUUACGGCUGAGGACCUACUCAACAAAGACUUCACCAAGCUAACUGACGAGCUUGUAGAACCUCUUAUUGCCACCACUGAGAGUCUUAUUCCUGGGCUGGAGGCUGCAGAACCUGCUCCUCAGUCUGUUGCUGAAAGACCUUCUGACAUUCUGGGUUUGGAAUCGGCUGCUGGUUUGCUAGCUGUGCCAGAAAAGCUGAUAGAGGGCCUGAAGUCUCCAGACACCUCUCUAAUGCUGCCUGAUCUGCUGUCCAUGGCCGACCCCUUUGGCAGCUCCAUGGAUGACAACACUAAUGCUAAAACUGAAAUGUGUUUGGACUCUCUGAUACCUGGCUUGGAGCCCCCGCAGUCUCAGCUGUACCCUGUGGAGAUGGAGCAGACAUCUAAAACGCUGGCAGGCCCUUUGAUUGGAGAGGAGUCCCUGCUGGGCAGUUCUCUCCCCUCUGGCUGUGCCACCUGCCUGGAUGACUUUGUGCCUGUUUCGGGAGGCACCUCCCAGAACAUACCAGCUGCAGACUCCUGUUUGAUCUCAGGCUUUGAGGCUCCAGGCUCUGAGGCAGCCAAUGAAGAUGAAUUUGACCCCAUUCCAGUACUGGUCUCCAAAAACUCCCAAGGAGGUCACUCUCGCAGUAACAGUGGCAGCUCUGAGUCCAGCCUGCCCAACCUGGCCUGCUCCCUGAUGCUGGUGGACCAGCUCAUCGAUCUCUAGACCUUGCCUAUAUUUCUGCUCUGCUGAAGAUGACACCAACCGCUGUAGUCUUCUGCCUUUAACCACAAAUCUCUCCUGCUAUCCAUUGUCCUAUCCUGCAAUGGUCCAUUUCUUUCUUUAAUCACUUAUGAAGUCCUCCCUCCUCUUUGAUUUCAUCAUUCUUCUUCAUCCCAUCACUUGAGUUUCCUCUAUCACAUCAUAGGUUUUAUGUUCUUUUCUUGCCACUAAUGUACAUCGGUUCUUUCCAUCAUCAUCAUCGCUCAUUUGAUUUGAUGUAUUCAGCAUUUCUCCCCAUGCCAUUUACUUUCCUGAUAAAUUUUCGUUUCACUUUUUGCUUCGAGUCUGGUGUGUUGAUUCGACAGGCUCAAAUCCGGUUUUCUGGCAUUCGUGCAUUUCAUACCUGUACUUCUUGUGGACACAUACAUGAGUGUCACACAUUUCCCUGCCAAGUCAAGAGUGCAACCCUUAAAAAGCAGAUAUUUGCCAGAUCUUCUUUGUUCUCUUUAGUCCAGAUUGGCUUUGCAUACAAUCUUAGCUGUCUCUUCAGUAGCACUAAGGAAACUCGUCUCCAGAUUAAACUAAAUGUUUUUUUUUUUUUUAAGACUCAUGCAGUUGGUUCCUUGCAAACAGAGAUUAAAGUACAAAGUGAACCAAAUGUUUACAGAGAGGAUACAUUUUGGGUGGAUAUUUACUGAUUGGCAGGUAGGCAAGCAAGAAUUUAUUUUCAUUCUGGACUGACUGCAGGGUACGAACAGAUAUGAGGGUGAAUCUCACUAAAUCUGUCAAGAACAUGUCCGGAAACAUAUUUCACCCCAAAAUCAAAAGAAAGACAUAAGAUAUUAUACAUUGCCUAUAUAAAAUGAAGCCUAUUUUUUUAGACCAUUAUGAUUACAAUCAAGAGAUAAAAUAACUUCAUAUAUCAAAAUAAUCACCAUAAAUGGUAAUUUACCCACAAACUUGAGAGAAAAAUGUCUGGAAUAAUGGAAUAAUGUUACAAUGCAAAAAAUUUAUUGAUCAAAAAAAUUGCCUUCAAUUCCUUUAUCCAAAGGAAAUAAUUUUGUAUUUGUUUUCUAUUGAUUUUUGGAUAAAUGUGACCUGGACAUGUUUAUGUAAGAUUUACUCAUAAAGGGAUGUAAAGUCUUUAAAUUUUUUAAAAUUAAAAUAAUAAUAAUUUCAAGUGCUACAAAAUCUGUGCAAAGUCAGAGAACAAUAACUAGAAUUUCCUCAUUACCAUCAUCAACACUUGUUCACUCUUUCCACGGCUUAUUAUCAUAUUCUGUUAUUUCUUUGUAAAUACCACUAUCGAUGUUGUACGUUGGUUCCAAGCAAUGUAAAUUGUUGUAUAUCUGCAGUAUCAGACUCUCCAGCCCUAAAGAGUGAUUUGUUCCUCCUGUGUACAAAGCAUCUGUUCAAAAUGUCCAACAAUUCCCUCUUAAAUCCCUGUUCCUAGACCGUAGUAUCCAUUAUGAGAAAAAUGUAAAAGAAAUAUUUCAUAUACAGUUAAGAUUCUAUAUGAAAAUGAAUAGAGUGUUAGAGAAUGAAUGUUUGAAACGAGUAUCCAUAUAAAAAUGCAGAUAUGUGUAUAUGAGUCAUAUGAAACCUAUUUAAGAGGAAACUUUAUCUCUUUGUUCUGUGUGUUGAGCUGUGUUUGCGAAUGUAAAUUGUCAGUUUCAUCUUCUAAUGGCCAGAUCAUCAUCGACGAACAGACACAAAUGAGAAAAGAGGACAAUCUAUAAACCACCCUGUGAAGUGCAUUUGCACAGCCCAGUUUGACGUCAUUUGUGCUGAUUGCAAACAAAUUGACUGGAUUUGUUUUUGUUGCCUUUUUCCGCAGACAUUUAUUGUCAGCUGGUUUUAGUCUAGAGGUGAAAAUGCUCUACAAUCUUGAAUCCUUAACGCUGUACGUAUCCAUUCAUCCUCCUGACUACGCCAACGCUCUUCAAGGGAUCAACCAAGCCAUGCUUUCUCGCACAUUUCUUGUGUAUCAGAUGCAUAUCAAAGCAUGGCAGUGUUUAUGAAUAUGAAGUUAAGACAUGUCUGUGGCCAAUCUUCAUAUCAGUACUGUACGUAUGUGUGUGUGUGUGUGUGUGUGUGUGUAUGUAUGUAUGUGUGGACGUAAGGUAAAUAAAUAGCUAGUCUUAGUUGUCGAAAGUGGUGAGGUCAUUGUGUCUUUAACAUGGUUUAUCAGCAUGGGUCAGACAGCUGGACUUGCUGCAGGCACCUCUGUUUUAAGCACCGGUCUUCUUUCAUUCACUGAGAGUUAUUAGGCAUUGAAGAGAAAAUUGGCUGUGACAGUGGCUGUUUGUUCACUUGAAGAUCCAUAAGAGCAACUGCAGUAGGGCUGGGCGGUGUCACAGUAGAAAUGUGUAAAUUGGUAGAGAUUUUGCCAUACCGUUGCCAUAGAUCUUGUUUCCUGUAUACAUGCGGCUCGGUCAGUAAGCAGCUUUCUCCACAGCAAUGUAUUUUCCCCACAAUGCUGGUUUAAAUAACAAACAUGAUGGAUGAUGGCACUUUGUUUUCUGUUGCUUUGAUUUAUUUCCAGAUGUCCCACAGUUGCUACUGUGUUUGUUUCCUUGAAUUUACAUUGCGACCUGCAGCGCCACUGUGCUGCAGUAGUGGGGUUUUCCUCUCUCGUCAUACUACAGGGUACCCCUGGUGCACUUCUUUAAAAACCUAUAAGAACGCUUCUUAUGCGUUCACAUGGCAACAUUAGCCGCAUUAUCCGACCGAAACCUAGGUGUGUUAAACUGCUUUCUCCUAAUCCAUUAAACAGUGUGAGGGAAACGGCAUUUGCACACACGACGUUUCAGGAGGUCGCUUUCUGCAAAUCCUGAAAAGCCAUUUUCUUAAGUGCAUGUAAGCGGGGUCAGUGCUGUGUUUGGCACAACACAAAGAAGUGCUUAUUUAUUUAGGCUGCUGAUUAACCUUGCAACUUGAUGCUUUAAUAGAUAAUUUAAUUGAUGCGCCAUCACAGGUGUAAACUAUUUUACUACUUUGAAUUGAACGACUUGUAAUUGAACCGCUUCAAAUUUGACCUGUUUUGCAAAAUCAUUCAUUUGUCAUAAGUGCUCUUUUAUUUGCGUCCAAGUUCCAGAAAAUAAUUAGAUGAAUUUCCUUUCAUUUGUAUAGUAUUUAAUUAACUGGAAUAUUGAUAAAACUGUAUUGUAUGCUGUUACUGUGAUAUAAAAUUUAUCAUAGUGUGACAUAAGAUUUCGGUCAUACCGCCCACCCCUACAUUGCGGUAAUAAUAAAAAUUUAAAAAAAUUACAAACUAAAAAAUAGGAACUUCACACUCAUGUUGCAAUGAAAAAUUGGGAUAUUUUUACUGGCCGCUUUAAGUUGGCAUCAACUUUAGAAUUGCACUGCAUGACAGCGAUCCACAAACGGAGGAAAAGAGAUGCUGCUGGGGUUCCAUUACUGAUGUUUGUUGUCAGCAGUGAUGAAUAUGAAAUAGUUCUUUAUCCUUGUCUCUCUGCAGACUCUCAUGUUAACCUAUGCAAUACUAAUGCUUCAUCUUGUAGAUUUCAGUAGAGGUCUUUGCCCUGUGGGUAUCGUUUGACUCGUGUUGUUGUGCAAAAUCAAAGAUUCCUUUUAUGUGCUUUUUGUUCAGAGAAGAAGAAUAUUUAUGACCAUGUUUAUCCCCAGAUUUGGAACCUCAUUGGUCUCUGUAGCAAACUCCCCUCAGCCCAGUGUUACAACAGUGAUGGGUUCAUGUGCACCUUCUAUUUUUGUGAAAAUACAAAACCAAUUAACAAAGAAAGGUGUGUUAAAUAAACAUGUGAAUGUGAA